GAUGAAGAAUUACGUAAGGACUAUGACUACAUGCUGGACCACCCAGAGGAAUACUACAGCCACUACUACACCUACUACAGGAGAAGACUUGCUCCCAAAGUAGACGUUAGGAUAGUGAUUCUUGUAACUAUUUGUGCAAUUUCACUGUUUCAGUAUUACAGCUGGUGGAGUAGUUACACAGAAGCCAUCAACUACCUGAUGACCAUUCCCAAAUACCGCAUCCAGGCUACUGAACUGGCCAAGCAGCAAGGUCUGCUGAAUAGAACCAAAGAGAAGGGCAAGAACCGGCGCUCCAGAGAGGAGAUCCGUGAAGAGGAGGAGCAGAUUAUCAGAGACAUCAUCAAGAACAAGAUAGACAUCAAAGGCGGCUAUCAGAAGCCCAAUGUAUCUGAUAUUCUGCUUUGUCAAAUCAUUCUGUUCCCUUACCAUCUGUGCACCUAUGUGGCAUGGAACUUCUCGUGGUUUUACCGUUUCACCAUUCGCGGGGAGGAGUAUGGGGAUGAGGAGAGACUUUACAUUAUCCGCAAGUACAUGAAGAUGUCACAGGCUCAGUUUGAUAGUCUGGACAACAGCCUGAUAGAGACUUUCCUCAAGCAGCAGCUCUGGAUCAAAGAGAAUUAUGAGGUUUGAGAAGAUUUCUUUCAUUUUGUAGCAUUGAUUCCACAAAAUAGAGCAGUGAUAAUGUUUUUUGUAGACCAACCUGGAAGUUACCAUCCCCCUGGUUCCCUCAACAAAAUUCCAAUAGUUUUCCAUUUGGAUUAUUGCAGAAAAGAAUCCC